UUGUAUCUCUGGCACCAAAAUAAAAAUAAGGUAGAGGUGUUCACUCGUGAGGUUAGGCGGCGGCAUGGCAGCGGGUCGGGAGAAUGUAGUCGUGGAGUUGGGCUUCAUCGAGAAGACUCCAGCGUGGAGGUUAAGAUCCAAGUUUUUUCCAAGCAAGGUUGGUGGCUAUCCAGCAUGGUUAGCAUUAAAAAACCUUCCUUCAAAUGAAGAGCUGUCGUGUCGCAUUUGUAGUAAACCUCUUGUUUUCCUCUGCCAAGUUUAUGCUCCGUUCCAUGACAGAGAUAAUUGCUUUCACAGAACAGUGUUUGUGUUUGUAUGCCGUGAUCCAGACUGCUGCCGAGAAAAUAGUUCAUCAAAUAUUCGAGUGUUUCGCUCUCAACUGCCCAGAGAAAAUGAAUUCUAUCCCGAUGAACCUGCUAAGGACAUUGAGCCUGGAUCUGAGAGCCCAGGAGCUGGUGAUUUUAAUGCUUUGUGUCGUGUAUGUGGUGCAUUAGGAUCGAAGACAUGUGGAGGAUGUAAGGUUGCACGUUACUGCUCUAAAGAUCAUCAAGCCCUUGACUGGAAGGCUGGACAUAGGAUGGAAUGUAAAAAUCCAGAAACUGUAAGCAAGGUUUCAUGUAUGGGAAAUGAAAAAUUCCUUUUUCCCGAGUUUGAGAUAGAAUUGGAACCCGAAGAACUGGAAGUUUCAAAAGAAAAAAGUGAGGAAGAAGUGACAAAGGAGUACGAGGAGCUGCUGCGAUCUGGUCAAGUAACACAUCAGGAUGAUGAUGAUUCAGACACUGAAAAUGAUCUUAUUAAUAUGGCAUCUAAAGAGACAGAUAAGCAAUUUCAGAAGUUCAGAACACGUAUCAAAGACUAUCCUGAUCAAAUAGUGCGGUAUGAUCGUGGCCACGAACCUCUGUGGGUGUCUUCAAGUAACAAGCCUGAUAAUAUACCACCUUGCCCUUCUUGUGGACAACCAAGGCAGUUUGAGUUUCAGGUAAUGCCACAAUUAUUGGUGCACUUAAAAGUAGAUAACCCAGGCAAGAGUAUUGACUGGGGCACUGUGUUGGUGUACUCCUGCAAAGAGAGUUGUCAGCAGGAGAAUAAUUAUAUAGAAGAACUAGCUUACAAACAAGACUAUUCACCAAUAUCUCAAGUUAUGAAGAAUCACUCAUAAAUAGCAGCAAGUUAAUCUUGUAUUGCAUGUUUUAAUUUGAAAUGAAUGCAGAGUGGAAAAUGACUCAAGGCAAAUAAAAUUGAUUGACUUUUAA